UCCGGGAAAGCGCCGCUCUGGACGACUCCCGGUGACGGGGAGACGAGCAGCCGCGCCCGGGCAGAGCGCACCGUCCCGGGAGCGAACAUGGUCUCACUGUGGCUGACGUGCGUUUUCAUCGUGCAGACGUCGGGGAUGUUGUCUCACGUGGAGAAGUACGAGGUGGUCCGACCUCAGAGGCUCCCGGGGAGAGCGAAGAGGAGCCUGCAGGACCAGAAGCUUUAUCCUGAUGCGCUUCAGUACGAGUUGACCAUUGAAGGGAGAAGCCACACAAUCCACCUGGAGAAAAACAGGAAUCUUAUUGGGAGAGGCUACACGGAAACCCACUAUUCAGGAGACGGACGACGCGUGACGACGUCUCCAAACCAGGAUCACUGCUUCUACCACGGACACGUUGAAGGCUGCGAGGACUCUUCAGUCAGCGUUGGGAUCUGUUCGGGCGUUAGUGGCUUUGUGAGAACCCGGCAGCAGGUUUACUUGAUUGAGCCUCUGGGACGGACCGAUGAUGGUGAGCAUGCAGUUUACAGACAGGAGCACCUGAAGAUCAGCGGCAGCUCCAACUCCACCGCGCUCUACGACCGGGACCAAGACCUGGACCAGGACCGGGGCCCUCGGCUCGCUGGCCUCUUUAGGUCCAGAUCGUGGAAAACUAAACCCAUCGCAGGUCCACAGAAGUUUGUCGAGCUGUUUGUGGUGGUCGACAAUACUGAGUGUCAGCGAUACGGAAGCCAGACGAAGUCCCGCGUCCUCGGAGUCGUAAAUCACGUCGACAAGCUGUACCGCCCUCUGAACAUCCGCGUGGUGCUGGUGGGCCUCGAGCUGUGGACACACAAAGACCACAUCGACGUCGACGUGAACUCGGAGACCACGCUGGACAACUUCCUCCUGUGGCGCAAGGCCGACCUCCUGCGGAGGAGUAACCACGACAACGCCCAGUUCGUGACCGGCAAAGACUUCGACGAAGACACGGUCGGGCUGGCCAAUAAGUUCGCCAUGUGCACCGAAAACUCUGGCGGAGUCAAUCAGGAUCACCACGAAAACCCGGUAGGCCUCGCCUCCACCAUCGCUCACGAGAUGGGACACAACUUCGGCUUGUCCCACGACGACACCGGCUGCCUGUGCGGUCCGUCCUACGGCAGCGAGAACUGCGUGAUGGCGGGGAAGCUCCGGACGGGGAACCAAGAGUUCCCAAAGUUCUUCAGCGGCUGCAGCGUGGAGCAGCUCUCCGAGUUCAUGGAGCGAGCUCAGCCCGACUGCUUGUCCAAACCCGGCGGCUUCAGGAGCGUCGCCGGGGGCCCGAGCUGCGGGAACGCCCUGGUGGACCCCGGGGAGGAGUGCGACUGCGGCGCCGCGGAGGAAUGCAACAACAGCUGCUGCGACGCCGCGACGUGCCGCCUGACCGAAGGAUCCCAGUGCGCUCACGGCCGAUGCUGUGACCGCUGCCAGCUCCGACUGGCAGGAAGCGUGUGCCGAGAGUCCGCCGGCGACUGCGACCUGCCUGAAUACUGCAGCGGGGCGUCGGAGGACUGUCCCCGAGACGCCUUCGAGAUGAACGGCAAGCCCUGCGGCGAGGCCCGGGGCUACUGCCACGACGGGCGGUGCCCCACGCACCAGCAGCACUGCUGGAGGCUGUUUGGACCAGGAGCCACAGUCGGCCCGUCCGUGUGCUUCAACCUGAACGCCCGCGGCGAAGAAGGGGCGAACUGUGGGAGGAACGCACGCGGCUACGCCGCCUGCGCUCCAUCGAAUCUCAUGUGUGGAUCUAUGUUUUGUGGCGGAGGGGGCGAGUCCAUCACGGGGAAGAGGGCGGCGUACAACGUGCACGGCAUCGAAUGUAAGCUGGCAGUGGACGACGAUAAGACCAGGAACAUGGACAUGGUGCCAAAUGGAACCAGAUGUGGACCCGAUAAGGUCUGCCUCGGCUACCGGUGCGUGGACAUGUCAGUUUACGGGAAAAAAGAUGAAUGUGCAAAGAAAUGCAACAACAACGGGGUGUGCGACCACAAGAAGGCGUGCCACUGCAACGCGGGCUGGGCUCCACCGUUCUGCAGCAUCCAGUACGCUGAUGAAACUCCAGCGUUCCCAGGUCACAGCGGGGUCGUGGCCGGCGUGUGCGCGGCCGUCUCCGUCCUCCUGCUCGUCGCCGCGGUGACCGCGGGGCUGCUGUGCUGCAAGAGGGACAACAUGGACACCUACACCUCCAAAAGGAAGGUGCACUCGGCCCCGGACCGGCUGAACGCCAUGUUCCAGGAGCAGGGAGGCAAAGACAGGCCUCAGAUCAGCCCGCCCACGUUCAUGGAGUCCACGGCGACGCAGGCCUGCAACCCCCUGAUCGGGACCGCGAGCCCCGGCAGAGCCGCCCCGCAGACAAAACCUCGACCUCCAUCCAAACCCCUCCCCCCUCUGAGUAAACCUCAGGCGGCCACGCCUCCUCCCGGCCCCCCGGCCAAUCCCGGCCCCCCUCCCCUCAGAGCGAAGCCCCAGGCUCGCGUGAAAGGAUCAGGUCUCGCAUGCGGGUCUGACCACGGAAGAGGGGGAUCGAACGCGUGACACCGAAGAGCUUUUGGAAAAGAUGCCUCUUUGUCCCGAAGGCCCGGCAGCUGAGAGCGGCUCACUUCCUGUUAAAGUUGAGCUCACAUGGAACAUUAUUAAAUAUGUGUUCUGUGGGUGGAACAGCUGUUUUACACCACGGCCAACAUGUUUAUUUUCUCCCUUGUUUCUUUGUUUUUUACAACUUUGUUACAUUAUUACAAAUUUAUAAAUCUUGACCAAUUUUAUCUCCAUACACCAAAUUGUUCAGUUUGAAUGAAAAGUAUAUAUUAUUAUAUGACAAACGUGUUAUUACACAUUUAAAAUAUUGAUUGAAGUCGGAUCAAAAUGUCUCCACAAGUGCACUUUAAAGUAUUUAUUUUAUUGUAUUCUUUUAGACGACACUCGGCCCUACUGCUAGGCGCUUUAAGUUUUAUUAAAUGAACAAUACUACCUUAUUAUUAUUAUUAAAGGUAGUAUUGGUGUAAUAAAGUGAGCAGAGCCAGUCGCCUCCCACGAGGCUCUUCUAUCUUUUAUCUUCUUGCACUGAACUUGAAACCUACGAUUGGUGCUCAGGGUUCAGGAACAAGUAUUUGUUGUUGUUGUUGUUUAUUUACUGCACUUAUGUGUUUACACUGGGUUCACAACUCGGUGGUUAAAUCAGCACCAAAGUUUAAGUUUGGAUCGAUAACAAUCUUCCUUUUUUCUUUUUUUACUCGAUUGAUUGAAUGUAAACAAACAUUUGUCUGCAAUAAUCAUUUAUUACUAACGUCUGACGCAUUAUGUUUCACAUUUUAUGCCUCAGACGUUUAUUUAUGUGAAUCGCAAAAAUGAUUAAAAGUCUUAUUGCGUUAA